AUGAAAGUAGCCAGCCUUCUCUCACUAGCUUCAUGGGUCAUUCCACGCUUCAAAGAUGAAGAACUGCGAACAAUACAAAUUUCACAAACAGAAGUUUUAGACGUGACAGACCACGAAAAGCUUUUGCUUAAGCGUCAGGGCGUGAGAUUCUUUGAUAUCACCGCUUUUCCAUCAUUUUUGAGGUCUAAGGAGGGCUCAAAGGUUGUGAACUACUCAUACCCUAAACAACUCACGAACGAAAAGAAGGUUUCAGAAAUACUAGAAAGAUGUGACACUAAGGCAAUGUUUGAAGAUCUAGCACUAUUCACAAACUUCUACACUCGAUACUACAAAUCAGAAUAUGGUUACGAGUCCGCAACAUGGCUCUCUAACAGACUACGAAAUGUAACGAAAUCGCUGGGCGAUAGAGCUACCCAAUUUCAUGUCGACCACCACGAUUGGAAACAAUUCUCCAUAAUAGUUAGAAUUCAAGGCUCUGAAACUCCAGAAAAUUUGAUUGUGUUUGGAUCCCAUCAGGACUCUAUGAAUUUGAUAUUUCCAUCGAGUUUACCAGCACCGGGCGCGGACGACAACGGUUCUGGAACAGUCACGAAUAUUGAGGCACUCAGAAUAUACACUUACUAUUUGAACAAAACUCAAGAUUGGCCCAGAAAUACAAUUGAAUUCCAUUUUUAUUCAGCCGAAGAGGGAGGACUUCUUGGAUCUCUUGACAUUUUCACCCAUUAUGCGCAGCAGAACCAGACAGUGGUGGCAAUGAUUCAACAGGAUAUGACGGGGUAUGUAGAGGACUCUCAGAAUGAGCAUUUAGGACUCAUAACCGAUCAUACAAGCCCGCUUUUGACGAACUUUCUUAAGCGAGUAAUCAAGAAGUAUCUGAACAUCCCAUAUGUUGAAACUAAAUGCGGUUAUGCAUGCAGUGACCAUAGCAGCGCAACUAGGAACGGGUAUCCUGCCGCUUUAGUCAUUGAGAGUGAUUUUUCCAAGAAGAACAAGUAUAUUCACACGACGAUGGAUACAUUGGAUCGCUUAAGCUUCGACCACAUGGCUGAGCAUGUAAAACUGAUUAUUGGCACUAUUGCGGAGCUAGGAAAUUGGCGGUUUGAACGAUUAAGUAACGAGUAG